CUCCGGUUUCCCUGAAACUUACCCGGCCCUGGGGAGGCGCGCGGAGGCUCGGAUUAGGGGCAGCGAGAGGCUGGCUUUCUCUCGGUGCGGCGAGUGGAGUUCUGAGUUUCGAAUCCGUGGCGGCGGAUUCCCCGCCCGCCCGGCGUCGGGGCUGCGGGAAGGAUGCGAAGCCUGAGCGCGGCGUGGCUGCUGGCGGGUGCCAUCCUGCUGGCGGCCUCUGCCUCCUGCAACCGCACCAUCCAAGGAGCCAGAAGACCUUCUGGAGGAAGAAGUCUUAUUGGUAAGAUUGAUAGCCCAUCUCACGUCACUGGAAAAGGAGUUACAGUGGGACGAGGCUUCUCCGUGGAUGAGUUUUCUGUGUCCGUCCUCACUGGAAAACUGACUACCGUCUUUCUUCCGAUUGUCUACACAAUCGUAUUUGUGAUUGGUUUGGCAAGUAAUGGCUUGGCCCUGUGGGUCUUUCUUUUCCGAACCAAGAAGAAGCACCCGGCCGUGAUUUACAUGGCCAAUCUGGCCUUGGCCGACCUCCUGUCUGUCAUCUGGUUCCCCUUGAAGAUUGCCUAUCACAUACAUGGCAACAACUGGGUUUACGGGGAAGCUCUUUGCAAGGUGCUCAUUGGCUUUUUCUACGGCAACAUGUACUGUUCCAUUCUCUUCAUGACCUGCCUCAGUGUGCAGAGGUAUUGGGUCAUCGUGAACCCCAUGGCGCACCCCAGGAAGAAGGCAAACAUUGCCAUUGGUGUCUCCCUGGGGAUAUGGCUGCUGAUUCUGCUGGUAACCAUCCCCCUGUAUGUUGUGAAGCAGACCAUCUUCAUUCCAGCUCUUAACAUCACCACCUGUCAUGACGUUCUGCCCGAGGAUGUGUUGGUGGGGGACAUGUUCAAUUACUUUCUCUCUCUGGCCAUUGGAGUCUUCCUGUUCCCAGCCUUCCUCACGGCCUCUGCCUACGUGCUGAUGAUCAGGAUGCUGCGAUCCUCGGCCAUGGAUGAAAACUCAGAGAGGAAAAGGAAGAGAGCCAUCAAACUCGUCAUCACCGUCCUGGCCAUGUACCUGAUCUGCUUCACGCCGAGUAACCUUCUGCUCGUGGUGCAUUACUUCCUGAUUAAAACCCAAGGCCAGAGCCAUGUGUACGCCCUGUACAUCGUCGCCCUCUGCCUCUCCACCCUCAACAGCUGCAUCGACCCCUUUGUCUAUUAUUUUGUUUCACAAGAUUUCAGGGACCAUGCAAAGAACGCUCUCCUUUGUCGAAGUGUCCGGACUGUAAAGCGGAUGCAAGUAUCCCUCUCCUCAAAGAAAUUCUCCAGGAAAUCUAGCUCAUACUCUUCAAGUUCAACCAGCGUUAAAACCUCCUAUUGAGUUUUCCAGGUCCUCACAUGGAAGUUGUACAGUAGGAUGUGGACCUGCUUAAUCUGAUGGGGACAUGUCUGUGUUGCCUACCCAAGUGGGUCUCACCACAUAC